AUGGAGAUCUGGAGCAGCCCCGCCGCCUACGAUGAGUUGAACGGGAACGCGGAGCGCGGCGGCGGCGCGGACCCCAUCGCCCGCGAGCUGGAGGAAGUCCUGUGUGCUGAGCGGGUGGCCAGGAUCACAAAGACCUACCACGAUAUCGGUGCUGUCACCAACCUGCUGGAUGAGAAAGAGCGGGACCUGGAGUUAGCAGCACGCAUUGGGCAGUCCCUGCUGAAGCAGAACCGGAGCCUCACUGAGCGCAAUGAGCUCCUGGAGGAGCAGCUGGAAUUGGCCAAAGAGGAGAUUGCGCAGCUGCGGCACGAGGUGUCCAUGCGGGAUGACCUCCUGCACUUCUACACCACCACCACGGAGGAGAGCGAGCCCACCACCACCACCUCCACACCGCUGCGCAGGCACGAGUCCUCGCUGUCCUUGCAGCAGUACUUCCAGUACGACACCCUGCAGCAGAAACUCAGGAGCCUGGAGGAGGAGAACCAGAAGCUCCGCAUGGAGGCCACCAGCAUCGCCACUGAGACCUGUGAGUACGAGCAGCAGGAGCAGCAGCUGAUGAUUGACUGCGUGGAGCAGUUUUCCGAGGCGAGCCAGCAGGUCGUUCACCUGUCGGAGGAGCUGGCGCGCAGGGCGGAGGACGCGGCGCGGCAGCAGGAGGAGAUCAGCCAGCUGCUGGCGCAGGUCGCGGAGCUGCAGCACAAGUGUCGCACGUACGGCUCCGAGGUGGAGGAGCUCCAGCAGCACCUGACGGCGGCCAAGGAGGUGCAGCAGCAGCUGCGGAUGGAGCUGCGGGAUCUGCAGGAGAAGUACGCGGAGUGCGGCGGGAUGCUGCAGGAGGCGCGGGAGGAGGUGAAGAGCCUGCGGAGCCGCAGCCUGCCCAACAGCACCGUCAGCCGCUACAGCGCUGCCAGCCUGCUGCCCGUGGACUCGCUGGCGGCUGAGAUCAAGGGGAUGAUGAGGAAGAGGACGGACAGCUCCUCCUCAGACUACAAGAGCUGCCAGCGCGUCUUUGAGACGGUGAAGGCCGUGAACCAGGCAGCCAAAGCCAAGUCGUGCUCCGAGUCCCCCCACCACGUCCCAGGCUCCAAGCAGGUGUCCACUGCCCACUCUGGAGGGGCCAGCACCCCCCACACCAACUGCUCCGGCUCGGAGGAUGCUCAGGCCGAUGGGGCCGGCGCGGAGCCCCGGGCAGCCCCGGGCCGGCAGGACCUGGAGGCGGCGGUGCAGCGGCUCUCGGUGCGGCAGCAGAGCCACGGCUCCCAGGAGCGCUCCUUCUUCGAGGCCGAGCGGGAACGCAAGCUCUGGAGGCUGAGAGAUGGGGAGAGCUCCAGCGGCUUCCUCAGCCCCGAGGGCAGCGUCGUCUCCACCGGCACAAACUACUCGGGGGGCUCGGAGCUCACGGCUGGCUCCGGCUUCUCCCUGGGCUCCCUCACCUACUUCCCCGACAAGCUGCAGAUCGUGAAGCCGCUGGAAGGCUCUGUGACACUCCACCACUGGCAGCAGCUGGCACAGCCCAACCUGGGUGGGAUCCUGGUGCCCCGGCCCGGGGUGCUCACCAAAGACUUCAGGCAGCUGGACAUCGACCUGGAGGAGGUCUACAGCCUCAAUGACCUGGAGGAGGAUGAUGUGGACGCCAGCUCCUUCCAGCUGCUCCCUACCUCAACGCCCGCCAAAGCCAAGGAGCGCCCCAGGGUGUUCCUCUCUGUUAACAACCUCCCCCAGACCCCGUCUACCUUCACCAUCACCACCUGCCACAUCCUCCACCCCACCACAGCGAUCACCACGGUGACUCCCAGUCUGUAUCAUGCCGUCGUGCCUUCUUGUGGGCCCUUUGAGGGGCUGAGCCUGUGCAGCCCCUCACCAGAACUGGCUCCCCCCACGCUGGCGCUGGGCCCUGGACCCCCCAGCACCCCCAGGGGACCCUUCAGGCUCCUGCUGGGCCGAGAUUCCCACCUGGCACCAGGGACUGGAUCGUGGUGGGCCCCCUCACUGCACGGCCAGGACCGCCAGCAUUGUGAGCCCCCCGUGCCCAGGGGUCAGCGCGGAGCCCCGGGCAGGAGCAGCACCUUCAGCUGGAACCUGGUGGAGAAACUGCAGCGCCUGGGGCUGGACAAGGUGGUGACCAGAGGGGAGAGCUCCUGUGCCCAGCCAGGGCCCAGAGGGGCCUGGGGCACCCAGAAGUGA